AUGGCAGGUUUGGUGCUGGACCAAAGCUUCAGCUCUUUUUGUUGUGCUGCGCUCUGUGGAUCGCGCGGGCUUAGAGGCCAUCUGGAAGAUCCGGCAGAAGAAUUGGAGGUGAGACUCUUCAUGAGAAGUUGGCGAGAGAUCCCAUACUUCCUCAAUGAGUCGCUCCAGAGCAGCGAAAGUUGGUCGCUCUGCGCGUUUUGCCUCCAGCGCUUCGCACGGGAUUUCGACCUGGUGGGUGUCUCCAAGCGUGGCGCUUACUUGCCUUUCUUGCAGCUGCAGGGCGAGCAGGUCUUCGCUUUCCACCUGGAUCCGGAACGCCCCGCCGCCGCGUCGAAGAGUCCGGUGUUGCAGAUGGAGGCGGAGCUUCCCUCGGCGCUGCAUGCGUGGCUGACGAUUUGUCAGCCUCUAGCGCUGUGGGCUGCCUGCGGCGCGAGGAACGCCACUGGCGGCGUUUCUGCAGCCGAUGGAAUGCAGAUCGCGAAGGCGCUGCAAAAAGCUUGUUCGUCUGGCUUCUUCUCGGAACAGCAAAACCUGGAGCUUCGGGAAGCCUUACGGGAAAAGGCGGUGAUGCCUUUGAACGGCGAGGCAUAG